ACUAAUAUCGGAAUGUAGCCCAUGUAGAACGGCCUUUAAGUUUAAAGUGAAGCACUACCAAGCGUUACUGCUACAUCGCGCUACGGCGCUACGCUAACGAAUUAUGAGAGAUCCUGAUCUGUUGACGGAUAUUCCUGAAGUAUCAAAUGAUUCGCCCGAGAUGGACCUCAGAAUCCAUCUAGAGAGACAAAGAUUUCCUUUUUGUAUCGUUUGGACCCCGUUGCCUAUUCUAACGUAUAUUCUGCCUUUUAUUGGACAUAUGGGCAUUGCAACAUCAACGGGUGUAAUAAGGGACUUUGCUGGUCCUUAUUAUGUCUCUGAAGAUAAUAUGGCAUUUGGGAAACCUACCAAAUAUUGGCAGCUAGAUUAUACAAAAGCUAAAGGAAGUGUACAAGGAUGGGAUACUGGCAUAGCAGAAGCUAGUGAAAUUUACAAAACUAGAAUGCAUAAUUUAUGUUGUGAUAAUUGUCAUUCACAUGUGGCAACAGCUUUAAACUUGAUGUCAUAUGAUGACUCAAACAAUUGGAAUAUGGUAAAGCUUGCAUUUCUUAUGUUACUUCAUGGAAAGUAUGUCAGUAUUUUAGGGUUUCUUAAGACCUGGUUACCUUUCUGCACAAUUGUCACAAUUGUAUUGGUAUUAAGUCUGUGUGUAUAUUAGUAUACAUGUAUAUACACAUAUAUACAUAUAUAUUUAUAUUUAUAUAUAUAUAUAUAUGUGUGUGUGUGAAUUGUAAAUUGUCAAUUGUAGAUUUAACAUGUCAAUUUAUAAUUAUAUAUUUAAAAUAUAAUUUUACCUUUAAAUAUUCUAUAAGAAUUUAACAAAACAUCUUUAUUAUAUAAACACAGUUUCCAGAAAUGACAUUGAUUUUUAACAUUGCAACUUUAAAUAGAAAUAGAAGUAAAAAAACUAGAGUUAAUAUUAGUUAUAAAACGAGGGAUUCAUAAAUGCAAAAAAGGACUGUGGCAUGUCAUGCCAAGUUUUAUCAAUAAACAUUUAUUCACAUUUGCCAAAUAUAAAUAUAGGUUUAAUUUUUACAAUUUGAAACACACACACACACACACACACACACACACACAUCGCGCGUGCACGCACACAAAGCAUUAACAAUAACAUUAAAUAUAAGAUAUAUGGCUUUCCAUGACAAAUUGUGUAUACAUAUAUACUUAAAGAGAGAAUAAUUAUAUAUAUUAUUUUACAUUGUAUUUAUAUAUAGCUGUAUAUUAAUACAAUUCUUCUUUUAGACCAUGUCGCAUUAACAUCAAAUGUGUACUUUAAUUAGUCUAGUAUUAUGGCAAUAGAGACAAUAAAAUUAUCUUCUUACCC